AUGCUGGACAACGUGAAGGAGCGGACCACGCCGUUCCAACGGGAAGAGAAGAGGCUCGAGAAGCUGCAAAACAAGAAGCGCUCCAAGGUCAUGAAGGCCAAGGAGCAGCGAGAGAAGAACAUGUUCAAGAUACCCGAGGAGGCGCGAAAAUACGAAAUGUACGUUCCGCUGCACGCCAUGUGGAAGGAAUAUAUCGACUCCCUGGUGGGCAACGCUACUGGAGCGCCGCUGACCGCGAAGCUCCUGAAGGCCGACCUGCACGGGUGCUGCCUCAAGGUGACGCGAUCAAAGUGUCCGAGCCUGAUCGGAUUGGAGGGCAUAGUGCUGCUCGAAACGGAACAGACCUUCCAGAUCAUCACGCCACAGAACCAGCUGCGAGUUGUGCCGAAGGCCAACAACGUCUUCACGUUUGUGGUGUCGAGCCAAGUGGUGACCCUCUACGGCAACAACUUCACCUAUCGCUCCAGCGACCGCUCCGCCCGCAAGUUCAAGAGCAAGCCAUCCGUCGAGCUGUGA